CGUAGAUUUCAACUGGUCAGGUGACUACUGUACCAAAUGGCUCUCUUGCGGACAUUUCGUUGUAUGCGAAAAUUCGGUACUGUAUCCGGCGCGAAUGAGGUCGUAAUCGUCAGCUCUGCUCGCACUCCGAUCGGUUCCUUCCGUGGCUUGCUCUCCAGGCUGACAGCGCCCCAGAUGGGAUCUGUAGCUAUCAAGGCAGCACUGGACAGGGCGGCCAUAGAGCCAGAGCAAGUGCAAGAGGUGUACAUGGGUAAUGUCUUGAGUGGUGGUAUUGGACAAGCUCCAGCAAGACAGGCGGCUCUAGGAGCCGGGAUGCCAUACUCAACACCUUGCACGACAAUUAACAAAGUCUGUGCGUCAGGUAUGAAGGCUAUCAUGCUGGCCUCUCAGAGCAUAUCAUGUGGUUCGCAAGAAAUCAUGGUCGCUGGAGGUAUGGAGAGUAUGUCGAAUGUUCCGUACUAUAUUCCUAAAGGGCGUGAAGGCUUUAUCUAUGGUCACCAUACUAUUAUUGAUGGUGUGCUGCAUGAUGGUCUAAGAGAUGCGUACAAUAACAUCCACAUGGGAAACUGUGGAGAGAAAACGGCCGUCGAUUAUGACAUUGGAAGGGAAGAGCAAGAUGCAUAUGCAGUCGAGUCGUACGAACGCAGCAAAGAGGCUCAUUUGUCAGGAAUUAUGGCCAAAGAGAUAAUUCCCAUCACAGUGCCUCAGAAGGGCGGAAAGACUUCGGUCUAUCACGAGGACGAAGAGUUCAGAAAAGUGAAUUACGAAAAGUUGCCUGUAUUAAAACCGGCAUUUCAGAAAGACGGAGGCACAAUCACUGCAGCAAAUGCAAGCAAAUUGAAUGAUGGAGCAUGCGCAGCCAUACUGAUGUCAACAACAGCUGCACAACGCCUUAACACUAAACCACUAGCAGUAAUCCGUGCUAUUGCAGAUGCAGCUAUAAAUCCAAUAGACUUUCCUACCGCUCCAGCUGCUGCAAUACCAAAAGUUCUAAACCUGGCGGGCUUGCACAAGGAUGACAUUGCACUAUGGGAAAUCAACGAAGCAUUCAGUGUGGUGGUGUUAGCCAAUCAGAAAAUCCUUGACUUAGAUGCUGCAAAGGUCAAUGUACACGGUGGAGCAGUUGCCCUCGGACAUCCCAUUGGAAUGUCUGGAGCGAGAAUAACAUGCCAUUUGGCUCACAAUCUGAAACCGGGUGAGAAGGGCUGUGCAGCUAUAUGCAACGGUGGUGGCGGAGCUUCGGCUAUCAUCAUCGAAAAACUAUAAACGAAACAGAAAUAAUGAGUUUUGGAUGAUUACACUUGUUACAUUGACUCUGUGUUAUACUUGACAGACAAACAACCUUAUUGAAAAUCAUAGUGUCGUGUCUAUGUCCAAAAGAGUUGCUAUGGUG